AUGUAUUCAUUUUUCUUGUUUUUAGGUGGUUGUUCAUUCGAUGAGCACUACAGUAAUUGUGGUUAUAGUGUGGCCUUGGGAACCAAUGGAUUUACCUGGGAGCAGAUCAAUACCUGGGAAAAGCCAACAAUGGAUCCUGCUGUCCCAACUGGCUCCUUCAUGAUGGUGAACAGCUCUGGGCGGGCGUCUGGGCAGAAAGCUCACUUGCUGUUGCCUACCCUGAAGGAGAAUGACACACAUUGCAUCGACUUCCACUAUUACUUAUCCAGCAGAGACCGUUCGAGUCCUGGCUCUCUGAAUGUCUACGUGAAGGUGAACGGAGGACCACAGGGCAAUCCGAUAUGGAAUGUCUCGGGGGUUGUUACAGAAGGAUGGGUGAAAGCAGAACUUGCCAUCAGUACAUUUUGGCCACAUUUUUAUCAGGUGAUAUUUGAAUCUGUCUCUCUGAAAGGACAUCCAGGGUACAUAGCUGUGGAUGAAGUCAGAGUUCUCGCCCAUCCAUGCAGAAAAGCACCUCAUUUCCUACGGCUUCAGAACGUGGAGGUUAAUGUGGGACAGAACGCGACAUUCCAGUGCAUUGCUGGGGGGAAGUGGUCGCAACAUGACAAACUUUGGCUCCAGCAGUGGAAUGGAAGGGACACAGCAUUAAUGGUCACUCGAGUGGUCAACCAUAGACGUUUUUCUGCUACUGUCAGUGUGGCUGACACUUCUCAACGCAGUAUCAGCAAGUACCGAUGUGUCAUUCGUUCAGAUGGUGGAUCUGGAGUUUCGAAUUAUGCAGAAUUAAUAGUGAAAGAACCCCCAACUCCUAUCGCCCCUCCUGAGCUGCUGGCUGUCGGAGCCACGUACCUGUGGAUCAAACCCAAUGCCAACUCCAUCAUUGGAGAUGGGCCCAUCAUAUUGAAAGAGGUGGAGUAUCGGACAACCACUGGGAAUUGGGCUGAAACGCACAUUGUAGACUCUCCUAAUUACAAACUCUGGCAUUUGGAUCCUGAUGUGGAGUAUGAGAUCAGAGUGCUGCUCACUCGCCCUGGAGAAGGAGGCACAGGGCCCCCUGGACCACCACUCACAACAAGAACAAAAUGUGCAGAUCCUGUCCAUGGACCACAAAACGUAGAAGUUGUUGAUAUUCGCUCCCGUCAGCUGACGUUGCAGUGGGAGCCCUUCGGUUAUGCGGUGACCCGCUGCCACAGCUACAAUCUCACAGUCCAGUACCAGUAUGUGUUUAACCAGCAAAAAUUUGAGGCAGAGGAACUCAUCCAAACUUCCUCCCACUACACCUUGCGAGGUCUUCGGCCCUUCAUGACCAUCAGGCUGAGGUUAGCCCUCUCUAACCCAGAGGGCAAAAUGGAAAGUGAGGAAUUGGUUGUGCAGACUGAGGAAGAUGUUCCUGGACCUGUUCCCUUGGAAUCCAUCCAGGGAGGACCUUUUGAAGAGAAGAUCUAUGUUCAGUGGAAGCCUCCAAAUGAGACAAAUGGCAUCAUUACACUCUAUGAGAUCACAUACAAGGCCGUUGGGUCUCUGGAUCCCAGUGCUGACCUGUCCAGCCAAAGAGGGAAAGUCUUCAAACUAAGGAAUGAAACACAUCACCUCUUUGUAGGAUUAUACCCAGGGACUACGUAUUCAUUCACCAUCAAAGCCAGCACAGUCAAGGGCUUUGGGCCACCCAUCACAACACGGAUUGCAACUAAGAUUUCAGCACCGUCGAUGCCAGAAUACGACACGGACUCCCCCCUGAAUGAGACUGACACUACCAUCACCGUUAUGCUGAAGCCCGCUCAGUCCCGGGGAGCACCUGUCAGUGUCUAUCAACUUGUUGUCAAGGAGGAGAAGCUGCAGAAAGCACGGAGAGCUGCAGACAUCAUUGAAUGCUUCUCCGUCCCAGUGAGCUACAAGAAUGCUUCCAGUCUUGACUCACCACACUACUUUGCAGCCGAGCUGAAACCCAUCAACCUGCCCUUCACACAGCCGUUCACAGUGGGUGACAACAAAACCUACAAUGGCUACUGGAAUGCUCCACUUUCUCCCCUGAAAAGCUACAGCAUAUACUUCCAGGCUCUUAGCAAGGCAAAUGGAGAAACAAAAAUCAACUGUGUCCGGCUGGCAACAAAAGCAGUAAUAGGUAGGCAACAGGUGACCACGCGAAACCCGCCCAGCCUCUUGAGCACAGGAGCUUCCACCCAGAAUUCCAAUGCAGUGGAACCAGAAAAACAAGUUGACAGCACAGUGAAAAUGGCCGGAGUUAUAGCUGGUCUUCUGAUGUUUGUUAUUAUCCUCUUGGGAGCAAUGCUUACCAUCAAGAGAAGAAGAAAUGCAUAUUCCUACUCCUAUUACUUGCAUUCAAGCCAAUGUUUUAGGGGCCUCUCUGUCUUCUACAGGACCAGGAAGCUAGCCAAGAAGCAGAAGGAGACUCAGACCAGCACACAGAGGGAGAUGGGUCCUGUGGCUACUUCUGACAAGACCUCUACCAAACUCAGUGCUGUUCACAAUGAAGAAGCUUUUUCUUCCAGCUGCCAGGAUGUUAAUGGAUUCACAUCACCCUCUCCUUGUUCAUUUUCUGUCCAAAGCAAAACCCUUCAGAGCAAAUCUUUGUUGAAUUCCUACUACUCAGUAUCAUCAGACACUGUUCCAUCGACCACGCUGUUAGGUAAGAAGACAGACAGUAGCCAUGGAGAGAUGACCCAGCCAACCCUGACUAUCCAGACCCACCCAUACCGGAGCUGCGAGCCGGUGGAAAUGUCCUACCCCCGGGGGCAGUUUCAGCCAGCCAUCCGAGUGGCCGACCUGCUGCAGCACAUCACCCAGAUGAAGCGAGGACAGGGCUAUGGAUUUAAAGAGGAGUAUGAGGCACUACCCGAGGGGCAGACUGCAUCCUGGGAUACAGCCAAAGAAGACGAAAACCGCAAUAAAAACAGAUAUGGAAACAUAAUCUCCUAUGAUCAUUCAAGAGUGAGAUUGCAGCUGCUGGAUGGGGACCCUCACUCUGACUACAUAAACGCCAAUUACAUAGACGGCUACCACCGGCCUCGCCAUUACAUUGCAACUCAAGGGCCGAUGCAAGAGACAGUGAAGGAUUUCUGGAGAAUGAUUUGGCAAGAAAACUCUGCAAGUGUUGUCAUGGUCACCAACUUGGUGGAAGUGGGAAGGGUAAAGUGUGUUCGAUACUGGCCAGAUGACACAGAGGUCUAUGGAGAUAUUAAAGUCACAUUAAUUGAGACGGAACCACUGGCAGAGUAUGUCAUACGCACAUUUACUGUACAAAAGAAAGGCUACCAUGAGAUCCGAGAGAUUCGGCAGUUCCAUUUCACCAGCUGGCCAGACCAUGGGGUUCCUUGCUACGCCACAGGCCUCCUGGGCUUCGUUCGUCAGGUGAAGUUUCUCAAUCCCCCAGAAGCAGGACCCAUUGUUGUGCACUGCAGUGCUGGGGCCGGGAGAACAGGGUGCUUUAUUGCCAUCGACAUCAUGCUUGACAUGGCAGAGAACGAAGGCGUGGUGGAUAUAUUUAACUGCGUGCGAGAGCUGCGAUCCCAAAGGGUCAAUUUGGUGCAGACGGAGGAGCAGUAUGUAUUUGUCCAUGAUGCCAUUUUGGAGGCAUGUCUCUGUGGCAACACGGCCAUUCCAGUUUGUGAGUUCAGAUCCAUAUAUUACAACAUCAGCAGACUAGAUCCACAGACCAAUUCCAGCCAGAUAAAAGAUGAGUUUCAGACUCUCAAUAUUGUGACACCGCGUGUUCGGCCAGAAGAUUGCAGCAUAGGUCUUUUGCCAAGGAACCAUGACAAGAACCGCUGCAUGGAUGUGUUGCCCUUGGACCGGUGCCUGCCUUUCCUCAUCUCGGUGGAUGGCGAGUCAAGUAACUACAUCAAUGCUGCACUCAUGGAUAGCCACAAGCAACCUGCUGCCUUUAUUGUAACCCAACACCCUUUGCCCAACACCAUAGCAGACUUCUGGAGGCUGGUGUUUGAUUAUAACUGCUCCUCUGUUGUGAUGCUGAAUGAGAUGGAUGCAGCACAGCUCUGCAUGCAGUACUGGCCAGAGAAGACAUCCUGUUGUUAUGGCCCAAUUCAAGUAGAGUUUGUUUCAGCAGACAUUGAUGAAGAUAUCAUCAACCGGAUAUUCCGGAUCUGCAACAUGGCCAGGCCCCAGGAUGGGUAUCGCAUAGUUCAGCACCUGCAGUACAUUGGCUGGCCAGCAUACAGGGACACCCCUCCUUCCAAACGCUCCCUCCUGAAGGUGGUCAGAAGGUUGGAGAAGUGGCAGGAACAGUACGAUGGGAGAGACGGACGCACUGUUGUCCACUGCCUGAAUGGUGGGGGGCGCAGCGGCACCUUCUGUGCCAUCUGCAGUGUGUGUGAAAUGAUUCAACAGCAAAAUAUCAUUGAUGUGUUCCACAUAGUGAAAACAUUACGGAAUAACAAAUCCAACAUGGUGGAGUCACUGGAACAGUAUAAAUUUGUAUACGAGGUUGCACUGGAAUACUUGAGUUCCUUUUAG